ACGGAGUAAGUCUGUGUCGCUCUUCGCCUCGUAAACUUCUCUCGGAUUCUCACAAGUGCUGCUCAUCGUUAUUAUCAUCCGACGGUUCAAGGAAAGUAAUUGUUGCUGGAUACCGUUAUCUUUGCCUCUGCAAACAACGAGGUUUCUUAGCGAGGAGUGCUUUGGGAAGUGAAAAAUUAAAAGUAUAUUGUCCCCAGUAAAGCCAUCUCAAGUAAGUUUGAUCAUCUCUUAAAAGUGAGCUGUCUCUGUUUUACGACGGUCCCAACGUCGCCUUCAAGUUGUAAAAGUGGAAAAGGGACGGAAAAGUGAAAAACUAACAGUGAUAAGGACGAGAUUGUUUGGCACGAGUGGUAAAAGUGACCUCCUUGUCGCCUCUUCUCUGACUUUCCGUCGUCGUCGUCGUCUCAUGUGAAUGCAUUUCUUUAUCUCAUUUCAAUACUACUCACUUCAUAUGUAUUUAGGAGUUAGCUAACUAAGCAGCAGUGAAAAGCGUUUGUUUUGCUCGAGAAUUAUUUAGUUAAAUCUUGUCAAAAUAAUAAGGCUUGUGUUUAUGAAAAAUUUUGAAUGUCUAAAGGACUGGGCAUAAUUUAACGGAAUUUUGUGGUUUUGUGUGUGCCAGAGUGAAAAGUGAAAAGGGACCAUAAUUAAUAGUCCUGCCUGUCUGCCAUCAUAAAGUGCUAUCAUUUCCAACAAUCUUCUUUUCUGAAAAACGAUAAUUCAAAAGUUAAUAAGACACUGUAAUCACGGGUUUGAUUCAAGACAAAGUGUGUUUAGUGUGGUCGCAUUUUUUGGAGUGGAUCAGAUGGAUUACUCAAUUUUGGACUUGGAUUAAACGCUGAGACGAGAAAAGAUUUCUUUAGUGGAUGAAAUACUUGGUGGAAGAAUAUUGUGGAGAAGUUGUCAAGAAACGACGACCAAAGUGUGUUCUCGCAUCCACACCAUCUCAAUACCCAAUUGAGCCAUUAGCUUGGAGAAGACGACUUUCGCAUUAAAAAAGACACUGAAUUAUGUCGAGUCAUCUAUUACACCCUUCUCCUCCUUCAAGCGGCGUCUUUCUCGACGCUCGAGUUGGACAAGAUCAUCGAAGCUAAUGCAGCUGAAGAGAAACUUGUUGUUGAACAUUGCAUUAGUCUGAGAUUUUAGCUGAUCGUUGAUCUGCCACUUACGCAUAUUUCUUCUUGAACACUGCUCCUUGGUGGCAUACGCAGAGAGGAGCAUCAAGAGCAAGUGGGAAAGAAAAAGCGUUGGUAGAAUGAGUCUCGAGUCGUGCACUCGAUAGUACUUUGACUCGCCAUCAGACAAGUCAUCUUCUCAUCUUCACCCAGCCUUCCUCCUGUUGUCUUAAGGUCUCGGUGUGAUCGAUAAUGGAUGUGCGACUCCCUCAAGUGGAACGAGAAAAGAAAGUGAUGAAAGUUUGAUGCCGGUUUUACCUGCAAUAUUUCCAAUCUGACAUUUUGUGACUCUUCGAUAUCGACCAUUUUGUCCAAAAACGGAUCUUGCCAAUGAAAAAAUGUAAAAUGGAUCACAACAUAUCAACAAGAAGAUUUGCAGAGAGAAAAGUGAACCUCUUCUUCUGGUCCGGGAUUCUGAUCUGGAUUUUCCUCCUUCAAAAUGUGCAAGGUCAAUUUCGGUCCCCGCGAGUAACAGAGCAUCCAAAGGAUGUCCUAGUCAAAAAGAACGAGCCGACGACGCUGAACUGCAAGGCGGAAGGGAAACCUGAGCCGCACAUCGAGUGGUACAAGGACAACGAACUUCUCAACGGUGGGUCGCAACCGGAUGGUCGCCGAAUAUUUUUACCAGGCGGUGAUCUCUUCUUCCUCUCCGUGUCUGAUGGAAAGAAAGAAAGCGACUCUGGUGUGUACUGGUGCAUAGCAAGAAAUCAGGUCGGAAGUGUCCGCAGUCGAAAUGCAACUCUUCAAGUCGGAGUUAUCCGAGACGAUUUCAGAGUUACGCCACAAAACACCAAAGUACUCGUUGGUGAAACCGCAGUAUUUAAGUGUCAGCCCCCCCGUGGAACGCCUGAGCCAACUAUAAUGUGGCAUCGAAACGGUCAAAACGUGGAAACCCGAAUGCCCAGUGGUAACGGACGGAUUUCGAAUGAUAUGGGCAAUCUCGUCAUCAAAGAUGUGAGGGCGACUGACGCUGGAAGGUAUCAAUGUUUGGCCAUCAACAUUGCGGGAACAAGAACGACUCCUGAAGUCCUUUUGAGCGUAAAUCAAAAACCAUACUUUAGUCAGCAACCCGAAGACGUUACCGUUCUCGUUUCUGAGGACGCGAGCUUGUUGUGCGACGUGAGAGGGAUGCCCCCACCCGAAGUCAGUUGGUUCCGCCAAGACAGCAACAUGCCAAGUGGUGGGAGGACCGAGCCGAUCGAUGGGGGAUUGAAAAUAAAAGAAGCCCGGAUGGAAGACGAAGGGAUAUAUUUUUGCCAGGCAAAUAAUGAUCUUGGAAGUAUACGAGCCGCUGCUCGACUCACUGUUCAUUCAAGGCCCAAGUUUACAACUCGACCACGCGACGUGCGAAUUGGAUUAAAUGGAGUGGCGAAAUUCGAAUGUGCUGCAGUAGGAAGUCCACCUCCCGAGAUUCGUUGGAGAAAGGAGGGCUCCACGCAGUACUUUCUCCCUGAUUCUGAGGCGAAUUCUCGAGUGCAGCUCCAAGGUCCUGAGGGAGUCGUACUUCGCAUUCAAGGAGCGAAGAGGGAGGAUGCGGGUGUUUAUGUAUGCUCUGCCCUAAGCGCUGCUGGGUCUCGAGAUAGCAUCGUCAGAUUAGAAGUCACCUCACACGACCCACCGCCAAUUAUUAGUCACCUCCCCACCAAUCAAACCCUCCCCAUCAAAAGCAUGGCCACAAUUCCUUGCGAGGUGGGUCCAUCCAGUUCAAGUGGUGGUAGCGCAGCGACGAUUGGACCACUCCCUACCGUGAAAUGGUUAAAAAAUGGCAUGGAAUUGGAAUUUGAUGCUUCCGGAAACAAUGGGGGAAGAAUUAAUAUUUCGCCAAAUGGAACGCUUCACAUUGGAGAUUUACGAUCCGUGGACGCGGGGCAAUAUACGUGUGUGGCCUCGUCUUCAUCGGGGGAAACGUCGGCUACGGCCAGUCUCAAUGUGGAGUCUCCAACAAACCCCAACAUUGCGUUUCAUCGUACCAACCUCGCCCUGCUCCCACCACCCCCAUCCCAACCCAUUCUAGUCAAUGAGACGCAGCACAAUUCGGUCACUUUGUCCUGGACGUGGGCCAUGAACAAGGUGGCCGUCCCCACAAGGACGCAGCCACUCUUGGGCUUCAGUAUUGAAACCUUCAGCCCUGAUCUGCAGUCUGGAUGGAUGAGCAUUGGGGAGCGAAUUUACGGAGGGACGCGGAUGGGGGAGGUGAUAAUUCACACGGUGGAUGGGCUCAAGCCAGACACGACUUAUGUGUUCAUCAUCAGGGCGGAAAAUAUGGAGGGUUUCUCGGUACCUUCGGCAGCCUCGGAUUCCAUUAAGACGAAGCCAAGACAAAGUUCGCGAAGAGGGAGUGCAUCUGGAGCGGAGGAGUUGGACGACGAAGCAGCAAGAAAUCAAUUAUCUGCCAGUGAUAUCGAGUUAAUUAGUGCGGAAUCAGCCUCAUCAACCUCCAUCAGGAUUUCCUGGAAAGGCAUUAAACGUACGUGGCGUGGGAGCAGUGAAGUCGGCUACUAUAUCCGCUACCGUGAGAUUGGGGAGGGACUGGCCUUCCAGGGGUUCAGUAUUUUGACCGUGGUCGCCCAAAAGAACGACUUUGACGUGUACUCCCAUGUUAUUCAGCAUUUGAGAAAGUCCAGCAGCUACCAAGUGUUCGUGUCCCCGUUCUACAGGAGCGUGGAAGGCCAAGCGUCCAACACUAAGAUCGUCUCUUCUGCUGAUGACCGACCAUCUGCCCCACCGCAAGCUCUCUUGAUCAAGAUGAUGAAUACUACGGCGGCGUCGGUGAAAUGGUCACCACCGCCCCUGGAGCAACACAACGGCGAACUCAAGGGCUACCGGGUCGAAGUUCGUGGAAAUGACUCGAGAAUUCAUGCUGAGAUGGAUUUUUCACCCAACAUUUCGACCAUAGUUUUAAAUAACUUGACCCUCGGACGAGCCUACUUCAUUCGCGUGUCCGCUUUCACCUCGGUGGGCUUGGGUCCUUUUUCUUCCCCCGUCGAGGUCACAAUGGACCCCGUCCUGCUGGAGGGUCGUAGGGAGCACAACGGAGUGACGGCGGAAGAUGGUGGCGGAGCUUCCCAGAUUCUGAAGGAAGUUUGGUUUAUCAUCCUGAUGGGGUGUCUCCUGGUCGUCUUCUUCAUCCUUCUUUCAAUUAUCCUCUACACCAGGCGACAGUCCCACGGGAAGAAGGACCACCAUAUUUCAAGUGUGGUAGUCGCCCCGCAUACUGACUCUCAGUUUGUGAGUGGAAAACAAAGUUUGUGGAUUGAUCAGCGAUGGAGACCGUCAGACGCGUCUGAUAAGGACUCAAACAGGUCUGAAGCCAAGUUGUUGAGCAAUCACCACUUGAUGAACGGCGAAAUGACAGAGGCGACAGAUUACGCCGAGGUGGACCCACAAAACUUGACCACUUUCUACAACACGACCAGCAAAGGAGGCGUGAUGAUGCAAAUGCACCCACAAUUUCUCCACCAGUACCAAGUCCAGCAGCAACAACAGCAGGAUCUCACGCCCUAUGCCACAACUACCCUGAUUCAGCAGAGAAGACCAAAUUACGAUCCACUGCCAUCCAAUCCUGUGUCUCUGGCCAAAAAUUUGAUGAACGAAAGCCGAGAAUCGGAUCAAUUCAGUUCGGGCCGAUCUAAACUGUCCAUGGGGUCCAACAAUUUCAACAGAUUCAAGUCAGCUCACGCUUCCCCAUCUCCGUCCCCUUCAGCACCCAUGAAAAUGCUCCCAGCAUCCGCCCGUGGUGGUGUUGGAUGUUACCCCAGUCCUGGCCCCAACCGAUCUCACGAGCAACCACUCUCCUCCCAGUAUCAUCAUCCCUAUCAUAAUGCUCAUCAUGUAACGGAGAACCUUUAUCAUAUCGGGGAGAUAUUCAGCCCAAACAAGUCAGCCUCGGUAAAUAAUAGGCUGUCAGAAGCAGUGUAUCACCAAAGUGGCGACCCCGAAGACAGUAAUUUCCUACCCCAACACCCCUUAAUUGACAGAGAGAUCCAGUCCUCCCUCCCAAGUCUGGCUUCUGAUUCGACAUCCUGCAAUUUAUAUGCGGAGGCGGAAGAUGUGAUUCCAAAUUCAGGAAAUAACUAUUUCAGUGGACACAGCAGUGGUGGCAGUGGAGGGAAUAAUAGUGGCAGCAGUGGAAAUUGCAAUCCAGCAGCUACGACGUGUGGUCCAAGACCCACCAAGAAUUCACGAUGUACUUCACCUGCCUAUAGUAGUGAUAGCUUUAACAGUGCCAACGGCAAAUCCGGUAGCAAAAAACUGUACAAUAAAGGAAAUAAGAAAAAGUUUGACAAUUCAUGUAAAUCUUUGGAGCGAAGACAUCUCGCCCCGUUACUACCUGGACGAAUUGACGAGUCCUCCUACUCGAAACCCGCAUAUCCUGAACUCAACGGAUUCCAGAAGCUGUCCAGGUUUCCACGUCCCACAAUAUCUCAAACUCAAUUGGAUAAUGAGUAUCCCGAUUGGCAACAAGACUGCUCCCCUGCAACGAGACUUCCAAAAUCACUCAAAGAGUCGAACGCAUGACAUUUAGGACAUGACGCAAAUCAACCGGCCAUUAUUUCUUCCAAUGCAACAAUGUCCUCCACCCAUCUCGCUUCGACCUGCUUACAAAAUCCGCGGCCAUCGCUGCAAUACCAACAAGAUGUUGAAUUACUCUGGACAAUGAUGAACUAUGGCUGCGCUGCCAGCAAUCCUAAUCAAGGCUCAUUUUCUACUUUUUCUACUGCUGCUGCUUCCCCAAAUAAUCUCAACACUUGUCCGGACUCCAAUGACAUGAUGAUGAGAAUGACUGCUGCUCCAACUGAUUUUGAUUAUCAACACCAGCAUCUUCACAGUCAUCAUCUUGCCCAACACAUCGUUCAGCACAACAACGGCCAACAAAAUGUGACUCCAGGAAAGACAAGGGCUUCCCAUGGCAGUUCCGGUGGCGGCGCAGUGCCGACGACUCCGUCCCAGUUAGAAUCAUCUGGUUGGAUUUGACAACAGUGAUGAUGAUAGUUUUUUCGAAUGUCAUGAUUACACGGAUCCGACUUCAUUUCGACUAUUUCAACCACCACUUUUUGUAAAAGUCGUCUCGUGACAGAUUCAAGAAAAUCCAUCCAAUCCGAAUCAAUUCAUUGUUUGAUGCGAGUUUGUUCCAUCAUGAUCAUCCUCUCAAAAAAGCUGUGUUAGUUAGUUACUCUACUACCACUCAUGUAAUCAACUUUUUUGGCAUGGGAUGGACCCCUUCUUCGAAAUGGCCUGAACCAGGCAAUUUCUUCUCAUCAUCAAAGUUUAAAACUUUUCUCAUCCUUUGUUUUAGAAAUUUCGUUGAUUUCCCAACGAACCUCGAAACUAAAGACUUUGGAAUAGCUGCGAAUAUUGAAUCUUUAAAAUUAGGCUAACUUUUGUCUUCUCAAGGAGAGAGGAACCGACGAAGGAGAGAGCGUCUUAUUACAUAUUAGCCUUGUCUAGUCCCCUUUUUACGUUUCUAGAACGGAGAUAACAAUGAAAUUAAAUUAAACAAAGUAAUUUAGCUAAUGAAAUGAAAAUUGUGUAAAUAUUUAUCCUGCUGCUGCUACCGUUUCCUUUGAUGUUUUCUAUACAUUCUAUGAUACUCUGCCCUCAUUAUUAUUAUUAGUUUCAACUAUCAACAGGAUUUUUCCUUGGGGUGUUCCACAUAAAUAUUGCACAAUUCUGAUAUUGUUAAUAUUGUUCAAAAACAAAACUGUGUUUCCAAAUUCCUUCGUGCAAUUCCAAAUUCGUGUUUCGUAAAUUAAAAACACUUAAUUCAUCUCAAACUUUUUAGACGGUGAUAGAUCAAAACUUUCUCUGGGUGUGUCGCAUUUAUGAUAUUAAAAGCAAUUAAUUUACCGCAAGUCAAAUAACCACUGCCGACUGAUGUGUUUUUCAAACCUUUUGUAUUUCUUUAAAAAUCAUAUCAAUCGAAAUGUCACAAACAAGCCGUUCAAGAUAAAACGUAAUAAAUGUGUAGACGCUAAAAAAUGUGCUGAUGCGUAUGUUAUGUGUAGAUUUACAUGUUAUUUGUAUUUAUGCAUUGUAAAUAUCGAGUGGACUAUCAACUAGUUAACGUAAAUAAAUAUGUAAAUGUACAUAUGUAUUAUGUGCAACCUUUUGUAAAUUUUGUAAAUAACGAAUCGUAACAAAUGUUUCUGGUGCGUGUUACAUACUUAUAAAAUACAGUUGUGUUCUAGAUUAUGCUUCAUUUUUAUGAUUUACAUGUAGACGUUGACCUUACCGAAUGAUAUUGUUCAAGCGUUAAACUUACUCGUAUUUAUGCUGGCUCGAAUCGCUUUACUUAAAUCCGUAGAGUAAUUUAAACAUAGGAAUAGUGGUAGAUAGUAGUAAAUAGCGGUAGAUAAACUAAAGUUAUAUUAUUUAUCAAUCGAGUAUAAAAUAAAUCAAUUCGCAAAAUGA